CCUGUCAUUCUUGGUCUGCGUGUGCAAUCAUUUAACACAAGAGCGCGAGCUCGGCCAUUUCAGGGCAGUGUUUCUAGACUUAUAUUGCUUUUGCUUUAAUUCUUUAACGAAUAUCACGCCAAUAACUGACAGCAUUCGGAGGAAUACGCCUGUUCUGAUUUGGUUUCCACCCAUUCGCUUCACGUAUCGCAGCGUUUUCACCUGGCUUCGGCUAGCAGGCUAACUAGUUUAGCUAUCUCGCGAGUUAAUCGAUACUCGGCUGCUUUCAGGAUACGAGGAACACCCCAUGCACAGUUUUCUGAACGAUUAUGGCACACGUCUACACCUGACAUAGGGCUGUGAUCUCGGUUGGAUGUUUUGAAAGGCAAAUCGAAGCUGAAGACCAGAUGUUCCUCUGACAAAAGUGAAGAUGAUGCCUAUGAUCUUAACGGUGUAUUUGAGUGAUGGGGAGCAGGCCUUGACGGAGGUGCCCAUCACUCCAGAGACAACAUGCCGCGAUGUGGUGGAGUUCUGUAAGGAACCGGGAGAAACUGGAUGCCACCUUGCUGAAGUAUGGCGUGGAAAUGAGCGAGCCAUUCCCUUUGACCACAUGAUGUAUGAGCACCUGCAGAAAUGGGGCCCUAGGAAGCAAGAGGUCAAGUUCUACCUACGCCAUGAAGACUCGCCCACCGAAAGCAGCGAUCAGGGGAGCCAGCAGUCUCAGGAGCAGCCCAGCAGGAGAGGAGGAAGCAGCUCAGACACGCACAACGAGAACGGGGUGGGAAAUCCUCGCGUGGAGCUCACUCUCUCAGAACUGCAGGAGAUGGCCACUCGUCAGCAACAGCAAAUCGAGGCCCAGCAACAGAUGCUUGUCGCUAAGGAGCAGCGGUUGCGCUAUCUUAAGCAGCAGGAGAGACGGCAGCAGCAGGCCGUGUCUGAGACAGAGAAACUGCAGAGGCUGAAGGAGAGAGUGGAGAGUCAGGAAGCCAAACUCAAGAAGAUCCGUGCCAUGAGGGGCCAAGUAGACUACAGCAAAGUCAUCAAUGGCAACCUGUCCGCAGAGAUCGAGCACAUCAGUGGGCUCUUCCAGGAGAAGCAGGCAGAGCUGCAGGCAGCCGUCCUGAGGGUGGAUCAGCUCAGUCAGCAGCUGGAAGACCUGAGAAGAGGCAAAAUGAAUGGCCUGCAGACCCUCGGGGGUCAGGUGACCGGCACUGCUGCUCUGGAGCUCCGCAAACUCUACCAGGAGCUGCAGAUUCGCAAUAAGCUGAAUCAGGAGCAGAACAGUAAGCUUCAGCAGCAGAAAGAGCUGUUGAAUAAGAGAAACAUGGAGGUGACACUGAUGGACAAGCGUAUCAAUGAGCUCAGAGAUCGACUUUACAAGAGAAAAGCUGAGGCACGUCAAAAGGAAAACCUUCCACUGAAUAGAGUAAACGGCCCUCCCUCUCCACAACCGGUCCCCGGAAACACUGGCCGUGUUGCUGCUGUGGGACCCUAUAUCCAGGUUCCUGUGCCAGGCAGGCAGGAGGGUUAUGCUGUGCCGCCUGAACCCCUCAAACCUCAGUCACUUGGGGUCAACACCCAAGUCAACCAUGCACGUUCAAAAUCAGACGGAGUGAGAAAGCCCCCAGGCCCCUGGAAGGUCUCUGAUUUAGACAUCAUAGUGGACCCCAUUGCUCCACCCCCUCCAGAGCCCCGCCCAGGCCCUGGGGCUCCACCCCCUGCCACCUGCUCCGCUGCAGGGUCCGAUGGCGCUUCUCCAAAUGAUGCCGGUUGGCCUGCUCUUAAUAAGAGCAACACGUCAGUCAAACCACCAGACUGGAAGGAGUCUGGAACGGACACGAUCAGUAAAACCGCAGCACCCGCAGGUGCUCCUGCAGAUAAGAUUCAGGAUUCCAGCAAAAUUGGUUCAGGUCCUCCUCCCAACAAGCCCCAACCUCCUCCAUAUGGAGCUCAUACCAGCAACCACCCGCUCUCCUCUGCCAACUCUGGCUCCACCAGCUCUUUGGAUCGCCGUAAGGAUGUUCCUCUCCGGCCGGUGCCCAGCCUACCCAGUAACCCUCCACCGCCACCACCAGCCUGGCCACGUGUCCCGCCUGCACCCACCGGCUCAUCCUCUCAACAGAUCCAGCAGCGCAUUUCUGUACCCCCAAGUCCAACCUUUCAGCCCAAUCUACCCUUUUUCCCGCCUGGGGAGAGACCAGACCCUCCUCUGGCCGUAGCAGUGAGGCCGUUCAUUCCAGAUAAGGGUUCCAGACCACAGUCGCCACGAAAAGGCCCAGCCACCAUGAACUCAAGCUCUAUAUACCACAUGUACCUACAACAAGCAGCUCCCAAAAACUACCCUCUCAACAUGAAGCCCGCAGUCAAAGCAGUGUAUGGUAAGCCACUCCUGCCUCCCAGUUCGACGCCCCCCUCUCCCUUACCUUAUGGGAGUUCAGGAGCUUUCCCUGCCCUUCAGGGACCCGGAGGAGACAUGCUGGAUUUUGAGCUGGACCUCGACGGUCAACUCAUAGGCGUACCUGAACCACCUGCUCCCAGUGUGGACCACAUCCCUCGACCCCUCAGCCCCACCAAACUCACACCCAUGGUCCACUCACCCAUGCGCUACCAGAGCGAUGCCGAACUGGAGGUGUUGCGCAAGAAAUUAGCCAAUGCUCCACGGCCUCUUAAGAAACGCAGCUCAAUUACGGAACCAGAAGGUCCCAAUGGACCCAACAUCCAGAAGCUUCUCUAUCAGCGCUUCAACACCCUGGCUGGAGGGAUGGAGGGAGGGAUUGGUGGAGUGAGCGGACCUGGUGGAGUGACUCCAUUCUACCAGCCUUCUGUCUCCACUGCUGAAAUGAUUUUUGAUGUUGACAAUGGUAAUCCACCUUCAGAAAUUCCAGCUGUGCCAUCAGAGGGCGCUGUUGCUGAGGAAGUGGUCCUGCAAGGUGAUGCCAACGAUAAUGAGCCCCCAGAAGAAGAGGCUGAGAGCAUAAGCCCUCCAGCGCCAGAGCCAUCAGAAGACAGUAACAAUAAUCCUGCUGAAUCAAUAGCCCUUUUGCCAAGUCCUGUAGCGGAGGCCAGCACUCCUGAAGAAGCAGACACAUCUCUUUCAUCACAGCCCACGGGCAAACGCACUAAUCUAAAGAAGCCUGACUCUGAGCGGACAGGACACGGCCUCAGAGUGAAGUUCAACCCACUCGCUCUGCUGCUGGAUGCCUCGCUGGAGGGCGAGUUUGACCUUGUACAGAGAAUAAUCUAUGAGGUCGACAAUCCCAGCACUGCUAACGAUGAGGGCAUCACACCUCUUCAUAACGCUGUGUGUGCUGGACACCACCAUAUCGUCAAGUUUCUUCUGGACUUCGGUGUUAAUGUGAACGCAUCAGACAGUGAUGGCUGGACGCCCUUGCACUGUGCCGCCUCCUGCAACAGUGUACACCUGUGUAAGCUGCUGGUGGAGUCUGGCGCAGCUAUUUUUGCCACCACCAUCAGUGAUGUGGAGACGGCAGCAGACAAAUGCGAGGAGAUGGAGGAGGGCUACAUACAGUGCUCGCAGUUUCUCUAUGGUGUUCAGGAGAAGUUGGGUGUGAUGAAUAAGGGAAUGGUGUACGCGCUGUGGAAUUACGAGGCUCAAAGUGCAGAUGAGCUUUCAUUUCAGGAGGGAGAUGCCAUUACUGUCCUGCGGCGAAAAGAUGACUCUGAGACAGACUGGUGGUGGAGUAAACUCAACGACAAAGAGGGCUAUGUGCCACGCAACCUACUAGGGCUGUACCCAAGGAUAAAGCCACGUCAGCGGUCUCUGGCGUAACCCUGGUUAACGACUGGACUUCAUAUAUUGAGGUGUUCGGCCUCCGUCUUUCACCUCUAUGUGCCACUUGGGUGACAGAAGGGGUGAAGCUGCUAAACCCUGAACCUGGAGGCACAACCGACCGCAUUACCCACAAACACUCUCUCCAGCAAACAGCAGGCCAAACAAGCAGCCUCAGGUCUCUGGCUCUGACCCCGUCAGCCUCCGUGUCUCCCACUCCACUCCUCACGCUUUCUUAUAUCCAUGUAAAGUGUAUCAUAGCUGUACAUCAUCCCUUGGGGAUCAAGCACUAAUCACUUUGACGAGAGCUUUCCUUUAUUUCUACUUACCCAUGAUGCUUUGCUGAGGGGAACGGCUCUUUGUCGGGGAGAAAAUUCAGUAUACUUUGAUUUGAACUGGAUGAACUGAUUUUAUGUAAACAAAGGCCUUAAAGAGACAGUUUACCCAAAAAACAAAACCUUGUGUUUGUUUUAACUUUGCAAAAUUCUUUCUGUGGUAUUUUGAAGAACGUUGGAAAUCCCAGCCAUUGACUUCAGUAGUAUUCUAUGGAUGCCAAUGGGAAAGACUCAAACUUUCAGAACCACUUGAGAGAGAAAAUGGUAAGUGACUUAAUUUUAGGGUGAACUGUCCCUUUAAGUGACUCUUACAAACAAGUGUAUAAACUGGAAGUAUAUGAGAGCAGAGAACAAAAGGAUCCAUAGUUUGUAUAGAACAAUUAUUCUGAUCUAUGACUGACAAGUACCAUACACGUACGGGCAUGUAUAUGAUUCAUAAAGGUGUAUAUGAGCGAGCGUAUGGGAUUUCUGUAUGUUACGAGUGUGAUUUUUCCUUUUUUUUUUUCACUGCAGCGAGUGUCAUACAGAAGUGUGAGGAGUUUUUUCACAGCAUGAGUGUUUUGAAGAGAGUGUGUAGAUGAAAUCAGCAAGUAUUUAGCCUGCAGAAACUGACACUGUACGUUAUGGUCAGUUUGUUGGCUAUGGUGAGUUUGACCAGACUGAAAGUUCUUUUGCAUUUAUUUUACACUUUAUUUUGAUUGUUGAUUUAUAUUAUACCAGCUCAUUCCACUACACUCCUGUUUUUAGUCAUGUGAGAUGAUUUUUAUAUUCUGCCGAUGAGGCAGUGAAGAGCUUUAUUGUGGAGUUCAACCUUGUAAAUAAACUGAUGAGAGAGGAGACGUGCUUGACUCAAUGCUGUUAGACUAAACUGCCCGUGUGGGCCUCUGUGAAAUACAGUACAGACUCGCACCUUGUGUUCAAUACAUGUGCACAAUAAAAUGAAAUGAGUCGUUGCAGAAAAUCA